CUAUUCAUUCUUCUUAAUUUUCGCAACGUUAUUGUAUUGUUACGGCUAAAAUUUAGUAAAAAUAAAUAAAGAAAAACGGAAUAAAAAAAAUUGAGAUUGAAGCACCAAAAAUUGCGUUAUACUAUGAAAAUAUUAUGUUAAAUAACCUUUAGUUAUAUUUCAACUACUGUAGUGUAAAUAUAGUUUGUUAAUUAUAAAUUAAAUUUAAAUAAGCAAUAAGAUUUAAAUGUGCUCUGUUUUGUUUUUGCAAACGUACACUUAAAAAAAUACGUAUAAAAAUUAUUGCAAAAUAAAACUGAAACCAAAAGUGGAUGAAAUUUUGCUUUUACCAAAAAAAAGUGUUCAAAUAAAUACUAAAUUUGAACAAAUCUAAUCGGAAAACGAUUAGAAAGCUUUUUAUGGAUUCAGAACAAUUGUUAAAAAUUUAACAAAUAAAAAUAUAUGUUGUAAUAUUUGUAACAAAGGAAAAAACCAGAACCAAAAACAAAAACAAAAAUACACAAAAUGGACAGAUUUGAUAUGGAGGAUGUGGUUCCACCAAUAACACAGGUUUCAGAAUCACCACUUAAGGAUUGGCGUCUAAAAUAUCAAACCGGCACAAUACAAAAAAAUGAUUUCAUGGAAUUUUUUCGCAAACAAGUGCGGAAAUAUUUUCAUUUUGAACGGGACCGCGUGACAGAAGCGGGUAAAAUAUGGUUAGUAACGUUUAGAAAAGGAGCUACAAAUUCAAGAACCGUAAAUGUUUGGAAAAUUGACACCGUUUUAAAAUGUGCGUUUAAAGAAAGUGAAGCAAAAGAGGGCAUCAUUCUCACAAUAAUGGAGUUUAUGCUUGGUGACAAUCCUAAAUCUUUUUUAGAAAAACUGCACAAAGAAGGAAACACGGCCUCAGUGUGCGGUCGUGUUUUUAAAAAUGGUGAACCAACGUACACCUGUCGCGAAUGUGGCAUGGAUCCGACAUGUGUACUGUGUGUUGGUUGUUUUAAACAAUCAGAACAUCGUUUUCAUAAAUAUAAAAUGUCCACAUCUGGCGGUGGAGGUUGCUGCGAUUGCGGUGAUGAGGAAGCAUGGAAGAAGGAUUACUAUUGUGCGGAACAUUUGCGUGGCAAAGAGAACCCUAAGAAGACUACUCUUAUCACAGAUGCCAUAAUGGAACGUUGUGAAAUAGCUUUCAGUGCAAUUCUUUCUUAUUGUAUUACGUUUCUUGAAAUUGAACCGAAUGCUAGUUUAAAAUGUCUUGAUAGUGAUGGAGAUCCAGAUGAUAACUAUUGUACAUUAUUGUAUAACGAUGAAUCUCAUACCUUUGAUCAAGUAAUACAGACCCUAACAAAGUACGCCAAUUUCCCUGAUAAAGAAUCUAAAGAAAUUGUGGGAAGUAUAGAUCGUGAGGGACGCGCUGUCAUAAAAUGUGAUACAUUUUUUGAGUGUUGUCAACUCAGAGAAGCUGUUGAAAGACAGUCAGCUGCGAUGGGUGCUGCAAUUGCGAAUAGUCAACAUCCACUUCGAGUGACAGUUUUGCAUGUGUACUCGAUGGCUUGUCAACAAUUUGCUUUACAGCUUUUAUCAUGGUUACAGGACCUGUUAGGGCGUUGUAGCUUAUUUCGGCAAGUUUUUGCGAAAUUACUAAUGGACAAAAAAGCUCCAUACAGUAUACUACAUAUAUUUGAGUACGAUGUAAAACUUUGGAAACAAGCACGAACUGCUUGGCAUCGAUUACUAAUUUCAGGAAUGUUAAUGGAAUAUGAUAAUAAGUUGGCCUUAGCAAGAGAAUUCUCCAAACAUUAUGCAACUGUUAUGCAAGAUUUUAUACGUGACGAUCAUGACCAUUCAUAUUCUAUUGUAUCACUUAGCGUACAACUGUUUACAGUACCUAGUAUAGCUCAUUAUUUGAUUGCCGAUGAAGGGAUUUUUUAUAAAUUGUUGCACACAUUCUACCAUGAGGCUAUCGCAAAAUUCAUACAAAAUAAAACGGUUCAUUUUGAUAAAAGCACAAGUAAUGGUGUCUCCUUUAAGCGCUCAGCAUUUAUCCUAUAUGAUCUAAGAUAUAUAUUAAGCUUCCCUCCUGAUAGUUGGACGCCUGAUUUACGAAAUGGUUUUAUAGAAGGCUGCAGAGCUUUGCUGCGUAUACUUAAUGUUAUGCAGGGUAUGGAGCAUAUGGUUCGUCAGACUGGACAACAUAUGGACUAUGAGCCAGAGUGGGAAAGUGCAUUCAAUUUACAUAUAAAACUUGCCAAUGCAAUAACAAUGGUGGUUGAAUGGUCUGCUACGGACAAAGAAGUUCUGGAGAAGUUUUAUUUAAUGAUAAUGCAAAACCUGGUUUCAAAUGGUUUUAUAGUUAAUUCAGUUAAACAAGAAGAAAAAUCUGUUGCUGGCCAUGUUGCCAAAUGCUUAAUGUACGAUGUUGGCUCAAAACCAGUCUCUAUACAUUUGCCACUGUCACGAAUUUUCGCAGGAAUCUACUUGCGUUUAGGAGCUCAUGGAUUAACUUAUGACGCCCUAAGUGUAGUUAAACGAACACCAGAAGAAUUAAUGGAACCAAUACUAUGUGCACAAGUGAUGAUUGCACAAGUAAAUUCUGGUAUGUGGCGGCGCAAUGGCUAUUCAUUGCUGCAUCAGCUAUAUUUUUAUCGCAAUGUUCGAUGCCGUUUAGAAAUGUUGGAUCGUGAUAUACAAGGACUGCAAAUCGGAGCAUCUCUUAUUGAAAGCAACGUGUUUUUAAUUCAUUUGUUAAAUAAGUUUAAUUUGAUAGAUUGGGUGCAAACUACAUAUGAAACGAAUUUGACAAAUCCAGUUGAAGACGACUUUAUACGUCAGCUGGCAAUGAUUGAUGAAUUCCUUGAACUGUUGAUAGUUAUAAUUGGGGAACGAUAUAUACCGGGUAUUAGCAAUAUCACUGAGGAGGAUCGUACCAAAAAAGAAAUGAUUCAGUUGCUUUGUAUUAAACCAUUAUCACAUUCGGAACUCAACCGGGCUGUACCUGAGUCUAAUAAUGAUACAGCAUUAGAAGAUGUAACUCUUCAAGUAGCAGACUUUAAAAAACCUCUUAAAAAUGAUGCCAAAGGAGUUUUUGAAUUGAAAUCAGAAUAUUAUAAUGACUACAAUAUGUUUUAUUAUCAUUACACAAAAGAAGAUAAAUCCAAAUCAGAGGAAGUGCAACGCUUGAAGCGAAAAAAAGAAAACGAAUUGGUUUGUUGCCCUCCGCCAAAACUACCGAAAUUAACAGAAGCCUUUUUCACGAUUCCAAAUCUACUUCAAUGCGAUGUUAUGAUGCAUAUUUUUUCAAUCAUAUUGGAUCGAGCAAUAGAUCUGAAAGCGAAAUCAUUUUUGGAAAAUCAUUUGCAGAAGAUUUUAUUUUUGAUUGGUUUUGGAUUACAAGAAGAACAAUCGGGAAAUUAUCCGUAUCUUACGUUCUUCAACCGUGCAACUGAAAACAAUUUUCUACAGAAAUUAGAGGAAUUAUCGCACAGUCAGAGAGUUGAGGCUCAUAGAGACUUUAUACUUUGGACUAUUAAAAAGCUAAAAGAAUUUGAAACAAGAGCACGAAGUGAACCUAUGCAGAGUGAAGAUGAUGAGGCAAAUAUUGGCGAGAAAAAGAGUGAAGCAAUUUCCUCCAGUGAACAGGAAAGGAUAGAGAAAAAAGAACGUGCACGAUUAGCUGCUGAGAAACGUGCAAAAGUAUUAGCACAAAUUCAAAACGCUCAAAAACUGUUUAUGAGUACAAAUGCAGAAUUGUUCGCUAAUACAAGUGCUGUAGCACAGCCAAGUGAGGGAGCAAUGGAAUGGCAGGAUGAUAAUGAAGGUGCGGUGGCAUAUAAAACUGUUGCAUGUUUGGGCGUAGAUCGUCGCCUACAGCAACCUGAAGAAUUGGAUCAUAAAUGUAUUUUGUGCUUUGAAGAUUGCAAAGUCAGUUGUGACGGUACCACGCUUGUUUACUCUGCUUAUAUACAAAAGUCUAAAAUUUUACCACUCGAGAGUCCUAAAAGAAAUUUCUCAUUAUAUACAAGUACUUGUGGCCAUGUAAUGCAUGUUGAAUGUUGGAAGGAAUAUUUUUCUAAUGAAGAAACUAAAGAUCAGCGUCGUCCAAAUCGCAUUCGACCUGCAUUAUCAGCGAACGGUCAAUUAACUGAGUUCUAUUGUCCAUAUUGUCGUUGCCUGAGUAACACGGUGCUACCUCUUACUGCAUCACUUUCAAAAUUCUCUACACCAAAUAUAAUACAUGCGGGAGAUGAAAUUUUCCCAAUUGACAAUUGGAUUGAAAUGAUGAAAAACUACAGCGAUGAAUUAAAUAAACUGUGCCGGGAAGAAGAUAGGGAUAUGUGGAUUUACAGCUUACCAACCUGUGCAUCAUUACUCAAAAACGAAAAUGUUAAUAACUUUCUCAAUAUUUUAAAUCCUGUUCCGAAACCUCAGGUUGGCGCAGGUUGGACUACUGCAGUGCAAUAUUAUGUAAAAGCGGCACGACAACAAUUUGAAAAUAUAUUUGAAGAUAAUGAAACUGAGAGUUUGUUAUUUAUUUGGGAAUCUUGCAGUUACACUGUGCAAGCUAUGGAAAUUUUUUUACGUGCCAUUAAUCAACCACUUAAAAACGAGUUAUCCAUACGACAUAAUAGUUGCCUGAACGGAAUAAUUCGAACGUGUUGUUUUCAAUCGGCUAAUAUAAAUACUGCAGAUUAUAAAAACAUUGUAUCACCAGUAGCAGAACUUUUGGAAACUGUAUUUAAACAAAAGAAUGAAUCAGUGCUGGAGUGGAACUGUUUCAGUAAGAUGGUAUCAAUGAUAUUUAUGAUACCAAAUUUACUUUACGCUACCUCAGAAACAGAGUCUGUUGUACCAAAUGGAAGUAUGCUAGAGUUUUACAUGCUAGAAUUAUGUUUCUUGGCUAAUCUAGUAAAAGCUUUAGUACUUUUCGAAGCCCCAGAUGAGGAAUGUUACAUGGAUAUUGAUGCAGAUGAUUUAAAUGAGAUUAAAGAUUUGCCGGAAAAAAUAGUGGACAAUAUUACAAGUUUUUAUUGUAAAUAUAAUUUGGCAGCACGUCGUCAAGCUCAAGCGAAAUGUAACGACGCAAAAGAUGAUAAUGUGACAGAUAUUUUCGAAGAACAAAUCCAUCCUGCCAAUAUUAAAUGUGACUCACAUAUAAUUACUGCUCUUUUCGAUCAUAUUAAAAUGGAAAUGCGCGAAUUCUUGCGGUGCAGUUGUAUCUUCUUUAAAUUUGUAACUGAUGUUGAUUUUCCAGAAGAAUUGGGACAGUGUGACAGUGAUACGUUCGAUAAUAUGUGCAAGUACCUGGGUUUGAAAACAAAUCUAGAAGUAUACUUUGAAAAUGAAAGUGCUUAUCCAACAAUAAUUGAAAUGUUUGCUUCACACCACGAUAUAUUACGUCUUGAUGUAAUAACCAACAGGAACCGCCAGGGAAGAGAUUUAAAAAUUGUACCAUGUAUCAGGCCUGUACCACAUUUAGUAGUUUUACCAGAAGACUAUAGCGAUUUGAUAAAUAGUGUAUCCGAUUUUAUUUGUCCAAAUAAUGAACGGGAAGAAAUGAGAACUCCAACAAUGUGCUUGAUUUGCGGUGAAAUUUUGUGUGGUCAAUCAUAUUGUUGCCAACCAAAUGGCGUUGGUGCUUGCACACAUCACGCUAGCUUUUGCAGCUCUGAAAUUGGUAUAUUUUUACGAAUACGAGAUUGUCAUAUUGUUUAUUUAGGAAGGAAAAAAGGCUGUUUCAUACCACCGCCAUAUAUAGAUGAAUAUGGUGAAGCCGAUCAGGGUUUGAGACGAGGCAAUCCGUUGCGUCUAUGUAAAGAACGUUACAAGCAAAUACACUUGAAGUGGUUAGGCCAUGGGUUGAUAGAAGAAAUCGCUCGCCAAAUGGACAGUUCGACACAAGUAAUAGCGCAAUGGGUUCAUAUGUAGUUUUUUAUACUACACAUGCAACAAUCUCUACACGUAGUUGGUAAUAACUACGAAUACCAAUGUGAUUAAAGCUGAUUAUUAGGCAUUUUCCUUACUAUCCUUUUUAUAUAAACUUUUUUUCUAUAAUUAAUUUGUUCGAAAAGCUUACAAAUAUUUAUUUGUGUUUUUUGUUAUUAGUCAUUUUUUAUAAAAUGAGAUAAAAAUUGUUGAUAUAAUUUUAAUGUUUGUUUGCAGGAAUAUUGGUGUAAUGGUUGUCUACGUUAAGAUUACAUUAACAUAAUUAUUUGAUCCUCAAGCAUCAUGUUGAAAAAAAAUUGACACAUAAUCGAACUUAUACAUUAAGAUAUUUAGUUAUUUUGUUUAUAUUGUAAAAAUUUACUAUUAUGAAUAUAAUUAACAUUAA